AUGGACGGAGUAGUUGGCUAUGAGGAAUUUAAGAAUAAAAUGAAAAUGUAUUUGGUGAAUUUAGCCAAGGAUAUCCGAGCUGGGAAAAAGACGGAACAGACUAUUUAUGUUUUAUUAGGUCCACCCGGAAUAGGUAAAUCUUAUAUUAGUGAAAAAGUAGCGGAAGGAAUGGAGAGACCUUUAAUUAACAUUGAUUUAGGAGGAAGGAGUGAUACGGGAAUUUUAGAGGGAGUUUCUCCUUCCGUGAAAGCUGCUUAUCCCGGAAGACUUUGUUCGGGAAUUAGUGUGAGCAAGAAUAGAGGAGCUGUGGUCUUAUUAGAUGAAUUUGAAAAAGUGAGAGACGAAGGAUUAGCUAAUAUAAUGGGUUAUCGGAUUGAUUUAAGUGAUUGUAUUUUACUUUGCACGGCUAAUUAUGCUGACCAAGUGCCAGAUUUUGUUCAGAAUCGAGCGGAGAUGGUAAAUAUUGAGUUAGCUACUUAUCAACAAAGGGUUGGUUAUGUGAUGAAUGCUUUGAAAAAAAAAUUGAGGAGUGAUACUGAUACUAGCCAUUAUGCUGAGCAGUUGACGGAAGAUUUUUGUUAUUGUAGUGAGGAGAUUAAUUUGGCUAUUGAGAAUUUUACGGAGUUUACGAAUUUAGAAGAGACUGCUAAUAGAUGGAUAUUUGCUUAUGACGGAGGACAGAAGAUUUCGUUGGUGAGAGUAAGGACAGAGAAUGAGCAGGAGGAGAGUGUUUUGACCGAAGGUGGUGGUGACGAGAAUUUCAUGAUGAAAAGAAAAGACCUUGAUGGACUAAAGAGUAUAAGGUUAUUCCUCACUGAAAAAGUUACCCAAAAUUAUUUUGGUUCUCAAAGGCUAGCUCAAGAAAAGAAACAAGAAUUAUUAGGAAAAAUCAAAAGAAAAAUUCAGCAGGAAAUCAAUAACCCUAACAUUGAAUUUGAACCUGAGGCACAAUACGAAGACGAGCAAGGCAAUAUUUAUGGUCAAAGAGUAGGAAUAGUUAACCAAGCCCCGAAUUUGAUUAAAGAUACUGAACAUAGAUUACACUAUGAUUUUUGUGGAGAUUUAGGAAUCAAAAGAAUAGAACAGCAAGCUUUUAACUCUUAUCAGCCUCAAUUCCAUUUGUUUCGGAUUCGUCCAACUACUCCCACCGGAGGAAGAUAUAUCGGUUGGGCUGGGAAGAGUGAAGGAGGCUUGAAAAUACCUUACAAUGUUGCCUUAGAACCUUUUGACGAAAAUACCGAAGCCGAAGAACGAGCAGGCUGA